GACUCUUUUGUGUACUUGUUAUGGACAUGAUUUCGUGCCGAUUUUGUAAUUUUGUAAUAAUUAUAGAUUUAUAUUAAUAAAUAGAAGCUUGUCAGGUAUAGCGCCACAAAAACAAUUAAUCUAAUCAAAAGCCUUAUUUUUAUUACAUUGUUAGUUGAAUAUUGAAGAUGCCUCCUUUAGAAGUAGCAAAUGCUGCUACGGAAGAGUCUGCCCCCACAAAUCCAGUGGUGGGCAUUAUUUAUCCGCCCCCGGAAGUUAGAAACAUAGUCGACAAAACUGCUAGUUUUGUAGCUAGAAAUGGUCCAGAAUUUGAAGCCAGAAUCCGGCAGAACGAAUUGGGAAAUCCAAAGUUUAAUUUUUUAAAUACCGGAGAUCCCUAUCAUGCCUAUUAUCAGCAUAAAGUUAACGAAUUUAAGGAGGGGAAAGGUCAAGAACCGACCAUAUCACAUGGUGUGUCCAAGCUCACUGUUUCGGCCAGUGCCCAACAGAAACAGCAUGAAAUACUUAAACAAGUGGAACAGCCUUUUGUUCCUAAAGAUCCACCUUCUGAGUUUGAAUUUAUAGCUGAUCCACCAUCUAUAUCAGCAUUGGAUUUGGAUAUAGUAAAAUUGACUGCUCAGUUUGUGGCAAGAAAUGGACGAGCUUUUCUAACACAACUCAUGAAUCGUGAACAGAGAAACUUUCAGUUUGAUUUUUUGAGACCUCAACAUUCACUGUUUCAGUAUUUUACCAAGUUACUGGAACAAUACACCAAGGUUCUAAUCCCACCAAAAACGAUGCAACAAAAACUGAAAGAGGAAGUCAGAAGUACCAAAACCGUUCUGGAACAGGUGAAGUACCGGGCGGAAUGGCAAAAGUACCAGGAAGCCCAGAAAGCCAAAGAAGAAGAGAUAUUGGAAAGAGAAAGAAUCGCGUACGCUCAAAUCGAUUGGCAUGAUUUUGUAGUUGUUGAAACUGUCGAUUAUCAGCCGUUUGAAAUUGGAAAUUUUCCACCUCCCACAACACCGGAAGAGGUGGGGGCAAGAAUUCUAAUUCAAGAACGGCUUGAAGAUGGGGACGAUAUUGAGAUGCAACUGGAAAGCGACGAAGAAGAUGGUGGUCAGGAGGAUCAAAGUUUAAGCUAUAUGGAAGAUCGUACCAAUACGAACAGAAAAGAUGCGAGGGAUAAUAAUCAAGUGCAAGAUAUGGACGAGGAGAGUUCAGAUGAUGAAGAUCAGGAUAAACGUUCAGAUCAACCGUCAAUUCAGCCUCCACUACCGCCAGUUCCCGAUAAAGUUUUGGUUAAGAAAUACGAUCCUAAGCAAGCUCCUAAAGUCACUCGGCCGACUGUUGGUGACGAUUAUCUAGUAUCACCAAUCACUGGGGAGAAAAUUCCAGCUAGCAAGGUGCAGGAGCACAUGCGUAUUGGUCUGCUGGAUCCCAGAUGGGUGGAGCAAAGAGAUAAACACGUUACUGAUAAGAUGAACCAAGACACGGUGUACGCCCAAGGUACCGCCAUCGAGGCCAGCUUGAAACUGUUGGCCGAACGUCGUACCGAUAUUUUCGGCGUGGGCGACGAGGAAACCGCCAUAGGAAAGAAGAUCGGCGAAGAGGACAUCCGCAAAGACGAGAAGGUCACCUGGGACGGCCACACCUCCAGCGUGGAGGCGGCUACUAGAGCGGCCAGAGCCAACAUUACUCUGGAAGAGCAAAUUCAUCAGAUCCAUAAGGUAAAAGGUCUCUUGCCGGACGAGGAGAAGGAAAAAAUCGGACCGAAGAACGUUACCGGGGGAAGUAAGAUGAAAGGUACCGGUCAGAUGAUCAAGCCACCGCCUCCGCCUCAGCUGCAAGCUCCGAAAGCAACCAUUGUAACCGUACCUCCGCAGCCUAUUCUGGCUCCACAACCGCCGAUUAUGAUGAUGGCUGCUCCGCCUAUGCCUCCGAUGCGUCCGUCUUUAAUGGUUCCAACACAUCCUCCAAUGGCCGGUUUUGUAACACCUCUACCUCCACCUCCAAUGGGUCCUCCAGUAACCAUGCCCAUGAAGCAUCCUAGCGAGGUGCAACUGGAUGAUGAACCUAGCAACAAAAAAAUGCGAAACGAGGACUCCCUGGUACCCGAAGAGGUGUUCUUGGCCAGAAACCCAAGUCCAGUAAUGGUGAAAGUUACUAUCCCGAUGAUGCCGGAAAAAUCCGAAUGGAAACUAAGUGGUCAAGUGUUGAAUUUUACUCUACCCUUGGGAGAGUCUGUGGCUAAUUUGAAGGCUAAGAUCCAGGAGGAGAUAAGUAUGCCGCCGGCUAAGCAGAAGUUGUUCUUUGAUGGCAUGUUCUUCAAAGAUUCAAACACGCUGGCUUAUUACAACAUCACUCCAGCGGCUGUCAUUCAACUUCAGGUGAAGGAAAGAGGCGGAAGGAAAAAAUAAUUUCGACAAAAAGGUUUCAAUGUCGUAUAUUUUUAUUUGUAAGGUUAUUAAGAUAAAUAUUUUAGUUUAAUAAAAACAAAUAGUUAAAGUGUAACUGAAUAACUAAUAUUGUAAAACUGCGGUUUGUCAUUUUAUUCUUCGGCUUAGAAUUAUUAAAGUAAAAAAAUAGAAAUA